UUGCUAGUUCAUAUCGACCCAAUUCCAUCAAGUUUUCGUCGUUUACUUCACUUGACAGCAACGGAUCUAGAUUCACCAUGACAAGCCUUUCCCAUCAAGACGAAAGCGACGGCGACAACGUCCAGAGCAACAAACCACAGGAAGAUUUGGAGGAACCAAAAGAGACAGAGCCGCUGGGAAUUUUGACGGAACAAUCGUUCAAGUCGCUCGGUGCUUGUGAAACGCUUCAGGAAGCUUGCGAUCGGUUGGAGUGGAAGACGGCGACUCGCAUUCAAGCAUCUGUCUUACCGGAAGCCUUCGAGGGCCGUGACAUUAUCGGCCUCGCCGAGACGGGUUCUGGGAAAACCGGAGCCUUUUGUUUGCCGAUCCUGCAGGGUUUGUUGCGGAAACCGGUCAAGGGCACGGCGGCCUUGAUUUUGACGCCGACCCGCGAACUGGCCUUUCAGAUUUUGCAAGUCGUGCAGGGAUUGGGACAAGCAAUGGGAGCAACGGCGGUCUGUGUUGUGGGUGGAGUGGAUCGGACGUCGCAGGCGAUUGCUUUGGGACGAAAUCCACACGUGGUGAUUGCGACGCCCGGACGGCUGUUGGAUCAUUUGAAAGAUACAAAGGGAUUUAAUCUGAACAAAGUACGCUACUUGGUUUUGGACGAAGCGGAUCGCAUGUUGUCGAUGGAUUUUGAAGAAGAGUUGCAUCAGAUCCUGGACAACAUGCCGGAACAACGACAAACACUUUUGUUUAGUGCCACCAUGACUACGCAAGUGGCCAAGCUCGAGCGGGCUUCGCUGAAAGAUCCUGUCAAGGUCCAAGUUAGCACCAAAUUCCAGACACCAAAGCAGCUAUUACAAUCGUACUUGUUUAUUCCCGCUAAAUACAAGGACUGCUACUUGACCUAUCUGAUCAACGAACACGCCGGACAGUCCAUUCUCGUAUUUGGUGCAACCUGCAAUAACGUGCAGCGGCUCGCACUCAUGCUGCGCAACUUGGGUUUCCCCGCCGUAUGCUUGCACGGCCAAAUGGAUCAGUCCAAGCGGUUGGGCGCCCUGCAGAAGUUUUCCAGUGGCGAUCGGACCAUUUUGCUCUGUACCGACGUUGCCAGUCGCGGUCUCGAUUUGCCCCAGGUCGAUUUGGUCAUUAACUUUGAUCUACCUGGACACGGGAAGGAGUACAUUCAUCGUGUGGGGCGGACUGCGCGUGCCGGAAAGUCAGGUAGGGCGAUUGCUAUGGUGACGCAGUACGACGUGGAAGUGUACCAACGAUUGGAAGCCUUGCUGGGUAAAAAGCUGGACGAAUGGAAGACGGACGAAAAGACGGUCUUGGUAUUGUUGGAGCGUGUCAGUGACGCACAGCGGAUGGCCACGCGAGAACUCAAGGAGCAG